AUGAAUGGAAGUGUGGCACGAAUGCAGCUGGACACCGGUUCUGACGUCACCAUAAUAUCAACUGGAACGUGGAGGAAGAUUGGAAGCUUUCAAAUGAAUCCGUCGUCUGUGACGGUACCCUUCGACACGAUCUGCAACAAGGUUGGCAGUGGUUCGGUGAGUGUGAACGCGCUGAAAACGAAGUUCCCGGAAGUGUUUUCAGAGCAGUUAGGUCUCUGCACGAAGGCGAAAGUCAAAUUGGAGCUGAAGGCUGGAAAGAGUCCUGUGUUUCGUCUGAAACGUCCAGUAGCAUACGCUAUGUACCGUGCUGUGGAUGACGAACUGUAUCGGCUGGAACAAGACCAAAUCAUCUCACCUGUGGACUACUCGGAGUGGGCGGCUCCGAUCGUCGUGGUUUGGAAAGCGAGCGGAUCGAUACGUAUCUGUGGUGAUUAUUCGACGGGUCUGAACGAUGCGCUGCGACCCAAUCAGUACCCGCUUCCCCUGCCGCAAGACAUUUUUACCAGUUUGGCUAAUUGCACUGUUUUUAGCCAGAUCGAUCUGACAGACGCUUUUCUGCAGAUGGAGAUUGACGAACGGUCACGUCAACUGCUAACCAUCAACACGCAUCGUGGCUACCAAUAUAACCGUCUCUCACCGGGUGUGAAAGUAGCACCAGGAGCAUUUCAAUAG